CCCGCGCGGGCGCCGAGGUCCCGCGGGCAGCGCUCGGGCGCGGGUCUCCCCGGCGGAUGGGAGGCGGCGGCUGUGCAGGCGGGCGGCCGCCAUGGGGAACAAGCAGACCAUCUUCACGGAGGAGCAGCUGGAUAACUACCAGGGCCCUCUGCAGAGAAGCUGAAGUCUGGGAGGUUGGCGAGCCUGGACAAUGAUCUGCUGCAAAGCCCCUUCCCCUGAUGGCCUGGACUUGGGGCCUGGGGCCUGAGGACUGCACGUUCUUCAACAAGAAGGACAUUCUCAAGCUGCACGCGCGCUUCUACGAACUGGCCCCCAACCUGGUGCCCAUGGACUACCGCAAGAGCCCUGUGGUGCACGUGCCUAUGAGCCUCAUCAUCCAGAUGCCAGAGCUGCGGGAGAACCCCUUCAAGGAGAGGAUUGUGGAGGCCUUCUCUGAGGACGGCGAGGGGAACCUCACCUUCAACGACUUUGUGGAUAUGUUCUCUGUGCUGUGCGAGUCCGCGCCCCGAGAGCUCAAGGCCAGCUACGCCUUCAAGAUCUACGACUUCAACACCGACAACUUUAUCUGCAAGGAAGACCUGGAGCAGACGCUGGCACGGCUCACCAAGUCAGAGCUGGAGGAGGAUGAGGUGGUGCUGGUGUGCGACAAGGUCAUCGAGGAGGCCGACCUGGACGGCGACGGCAAGCUGGGCUUCGCCGACUUCGAGGACAUGAUUGCCAAGGCCCCCGACUUCCUCAGUACCUUCCACAUCCGGAUCUAAGUGCUGCCAGCCGGAAGCCCCACCCCCCCAGCUCCCCAAGGAACCGAAGCCUCUGGGGGUCCCCCCAAGAACAAUUCCUCAGCCCUUUCAGCAAAAAAAAAAUUCUGAACCAGGGAAGGGGCCAGGGACCAGCUGCCCCUCCCUGGCCCGGAGGCGGCCCCCACCUCCAGUACCUGGCACUCCCACUCCUGAGGGGUGGCAUCUCCCUGGGCAGGUGGCCGCGGCCUGGCAGGGUAACAGCCCUGCUCUUUCUCUAGGGCCAGCCUUCCCACGCCCCAGUCUUUCCCUGGGACCUGGGACCUGUGACGGUGGAGGCCAGGGGCUUUGUCCUGAGCACGGCUCCUCCUGCCUGCAGCUCUCCACCCCCUUGUCUGCGCCCCCCACCCCGUGAGCCCCAGCAGUAAACUGCUCUCCUGUC